ACAAGGCCGUAUAAGUUUUCCUAACAAAAGGAAAACGAAAAACCGCUUCAGCAUCAUCGAGCUUCUUGCAGAAGAAGAAAGGAACUACUGAAGCAUAAGAGACUCAACUUCGAAGCUCCAAACCCUAAUAUUUUCCCCCAAUUUCAACAGAUUCAGUUAAAAUCGGCGAUAAAAUGACUCAAGAUGUGGAGAUGAAGGAUACUCAACCCCACUCAAAUUCUCUCUCCUCAGUCGAUCCACCUACUUUGAAGCAUUUGAAGGAGAUUGCGUCGCUAUUGGAAACGGGUUCUUAUACUAAAGAGGCUCGUCGGAUUUCUCGUGGAAUCCGCCUUACCUUUGCUGUUCGUCAUAAGCUCACGGCCCGUGUGCUGCAUUUCUUCCUUGAUUACGCUCUUUCUCCCGGUUCCGAGGCCCAUGGAAAGAUCUCCGCAUUUCUUCCUAAGGGAGGUGAACAGGAGAUGGAAGUUGAUACUGCAACAUCUGCUGUGCAACCUUCAGGGAAAAGCACUUUACCGGAGCUGGAAAUCUUCUGUUACUUGAUUGUCUUGUUGUUUCUAAUUGAUCAGAAAAUGCACAAUGAGGCUAAAUCUUGUGCUUCUGCAAGCAUUGCUCGUUUGAAAUCAUUGAAAAGAAGGGUUGCUGAUGUGCUAGCAUCCAAAUUGUAUUCUUUCUAUUCAUUGAGCUAUGAGCUCACUGGUGAUCUUGCUGAAAUCCGUGGUGAACUCCUCACCUUGCAUCGGCUGGCUACAUUGCACCAUGAUGAGCUUGGUCAGGAAACACUUCUGAACCUUCUGCUUCGCAAUUACCUCCAUUACAAUUUGUAUGAUCAGGCUGAAAAGCUGAGGUCCAAGGCACCUAGUUUUGGGGCUCAUUCCAAUCAGCAGCAUUGUCGACAUCUCUUCUAUGUUGGAAAGAUCCAGACAAUUCAGUUGGAAUAUACUGAUGCAAAAGAGAGCCUUCUUCAGGCCGCUAGGAAAGCACCUAUUGCAGCCCGUGGUUUCAGGAUUCAGUGCAACAAAUGGGCUGUGAUAGUGCGAUUACUACUAGGGGAAAUACCUGAGAGAACAAUGUUUAUGCAGAAAGGGAUGGAGAAGGCCUUGCGUCCGUACUUUGAGCUUACAAAUGCUGUUCGUAUUGGUGACUUGGAGCUGUUCAGAGGAGUUACUGAAAAGUUCUCUUCUACUUUUGACAAGGAUCGAACUCACAAUUUGAUUGUCCGUCUUCGCCACAACGUCAUUAGGACUGGGUUGAGAAACAUUAGCAUCUCCUAUUCCCGCAUCUCUCUUGCAGAUGUUGCUAAAAAGCUGAGAUUAGAUUCUCCCAACCCUGUUGCUGAUGCUGAGAGCAUUGUGGCCAAGGCUAUUCGUGAUGGUGCAAUAGAUGCCACAUUAGAUCAUGCAAACGGUUGGAUGUUAUCAAAGGAGACUGGUGAUAUCUACUCAACAACUGAGCCACAGUCUGCCUUUGAUUCUAGAAUUGCUUUCUGUCUGAACAUGCACAAUGAAGCAGUACGGGCUCUACGGUACCCACCUAACUCGCACAAGGAGAAGGAAAGUGCUGAGAAGAGAAGGGAAAGGCAGCAGCAGGAGCAAGAACUUGCUAAGCACAUUGCCGAGGAAGAGGAUGAUGAUUUCUGAUGAUGCUACAAUCUGUGGUGGCCUUUAGCUUUUCCAUAUUCUUGUUGAUCCCUCAGGGAAAGCCCUUUUCACCCUUUACUUUGCUGAGAUGAUCAUGAUUGAAGUCUAGAUGUCAUGAUUUUCUCGCACUUUAAAAAUUUUCAUAUCUGCUUUUAGUUGCUGCUGCAGCAUGCUCGUGUUUAUAACACUUUUCAGUUAAGUUUCUCCAUUCAUCAGGAAUUCUGGAUCUGUUAUCGCUUAGAUUCUUGUGCCUGAUCAUGUUUAACUGGUAUAGUACAGAUAUCUUUGCUAUUAUCAUUAGGAAGGUAUUACUUUUC